ACUUCGCAGUGUGCGAGAGACCGAUCACGUACGAGAGUAGUCGGUGGGGUGCUCUCUCGCGGUGCUCGUGGGGCCCACGCGGAUCCCUCCUGUCCCUCACGCACGUAAGAGGCACGCAUCCACUCGCGUCCUCCGUUCGCCACGGUCGACACGGUCCACGUUGUCAACAUCGCCGUCGGCUUGCACUUACAGGGCGUGCAUUUUGGGGGUGUGCGUUCGAUUCGACGUGUCGGAGAGCCGAGCGCUCAGAGUUCGAGAAAAUUUGCGUGUGAUCCAGGAAGCAACGACGCGACAGCACCAUGGCGUUCGCCGGUCUCAAGAAACAGAUCAACAAGGCGAAUCAGUACAUGACGGAGAAGAUGGGUGGAGCGGAGGGAACGAAGCUUGACGUUGAUUUCGUGGAUAUGGAGAGGAAAACAGACGUUACUUGCGAGCUCGUGGAGGAGCUACAGAUGAAGACGAAAGAAUUUCUUCAACCAAACCCGACUGCAAGGGCGAAGAUGGCUGCGGUCAAGGGUAUCAGCAAGCUCAGCGGUCAAGCAAAGGCGUCCACUUACCCUCAGCCGGAAGGUGUACUUGGCGAUUGCAUGCUCACUUAUGGCAAGAAAAUGGGCGAAGACAGCAUUUUUGCCCAGGCUCUCAUUGAAAUGGGCGAAGCCAUGAAGCAGAUGGCCGAUGUCAAGUAUUCGCUGGACGACAACAUCAAGCAGAACUUCCUCGAGCCAUUGCACCAUCUGCAGACUAAGGAUCUCAAAGAAGUGAUGCACCAUCGGAAGAAACUGCAAGGCCGUAGGCUGGACUUUGAUUGCAAGCGAAGACGUCAGGCGAAAGGUUCUCACGUUUCAGACGAGGAGAUUCGUCAGGCCGAGGAGAAGUUUGCCGAGAGCCUUCAUCUGGCGCAGAUGGGCAUGUUUAAUCUGCUGGAGAACGACAUUGAACAAGUGGCACAAUUGGCAACCUUCAGCGAGGCUCUUCUGGAAUAUCAUCAGCAGUGCACCGAGAUCCUCAAGGGGUUGACGGAAACGCUUUUGGAAAAGAAAGAAGAGGCGAUAAAUCGACCAAAGAUGGAAUUCGUGCCGAAGACAUUGGCGGAUCUGCAUGUGGAUAGUGGAUUACCGAUGUCAGACCAUAUGAACGGUGGGAACUUCUCCCUUCACGGGGCAAGUCGGGCCGGCUCUCCGACUCAUGCGGACGGGAAGCGCUCGCAGCUCGAGCUAUUUCCGGCCGGAAACCCGCCACAAUCUACCAAUGCUUCACCCUUGCCCUCGCCGAGCAAAUCGCCAGCGAGAACGCCGAUGACACAGAGAACACCAUGCUGCACAGCCCUCUACGAUUUUGAGCCUGAAAAUCCCGGUGAACUUGGAUUUAAGGAAAACGACACGAUCACCUUGACCCAGAAGAUCGAUGAGAAUUGGUUCGAGGGCAGUUUGGACGGCCGCACCGGUUACUUCCCCGUGACUUACGUGCAGGUCGUAGUGCCAUUACCCUAAAAGGACGUCGCGCAUCUCGAAGCCAAAGACCCUGCGUACUCGUUCACUAGCGUCUACCAUUACAGGAUUAUUCUGCUCUCCAGCUAGCCUAAAACCUAGACGAACCUUCGACGACCUAUCUACCUAUUUAUUGUCACUUACGUUGCGGUUUCAAGCUUACGUCCAAGACACGAUUCAGAGUUUCUCUAGCCUUUCUCUCCGCCAUCUAUACAGAUACCCCUUCUCCACAGACCCGAGAAUAGCCCUCUGUUACGCAUGUUAAUGUACAUAUAUGAUGUUAUAGUGUAUUUUAUCGACGUAAGGACCUUCGCGCGCGCAGAGAUAUACAGACAUACACGCAAACGCAUACCCAAGGAAGAACAUGCAUAGAUACAUAUAUUAGACGUAUUAUACACACACACACACACACACACACACACACACGAUAACAAAACAUGACAACUACCUAUAGUUAAUACAUACACAUAUAUACAGACGCAUAUACAGACACACAUCAAAGUACCUACGAUAUAGCAGUUCACUGUCAAGGGCGGCUCUCUCCCCAUCUACUUUUCUACAUUAUCUUCCGUCUCUGCGAGAUACUUUCGGGAUAUUUUCAACACAGUUCGAGUGCACAAAAGAAGAAAAUCGAGCUUAGCGAGAAUCGAUUAUGGCGGAGCGCGAAUUUUCCGAUAGUACCCUCUGGCAUUUAGUUUCAUCGCACGAAGAUGUCCUAUCGUUCCAAUAACGAGCCGAAAACUCGGCGUUCGUUUCUGUUGCAAGUUAUAUUUCGCUCGGUUAUUAUUAUGUAUCGCUUAUGGAUUUUGGACGAGAUGAGAUUAUUCCAGCAGGUUGAAAUCGUCGUCGAGGUAAGUGAAGGCUUUUGAGUUUCAGUUUUAUUGUCAAAAUUAAUAUUACUCCUGGUUAAAUCCUAGUUAAAGUAACGUUAAUUCUUCUCUUUUUAAUAUUUAUAUUAUUAAUAAUAAUAUUAGAGAAAAUAUAAGAAGAAAAUAAUUAGAAUUGCUUAUCAGCAUUAGACACUUUAAUAAAAUAAUGUCAAUUUAAUCUAGAAAAGAAGUCAUAAAGCUUUCAAUAUAAAAGAUCUUUUUAAAUGAUUUUAAAGUUUUUUAUUGUUGUAUUUUUUAACUGUUACAAAUUGUUGAGCAAAUUUUAUGGCUGGGGCAGUCUCAAACCGUUCUACACUUUUCUCUCGCGUAAUGUAAAAGAUUCUUGGACACUAAGUAAGUUUCUUCAUUAAUUCAAUUCCGUUUUUAUCAUUUGUACGAUUAAACGCACGGCUUGCGGGAGUUUGAUCAUUCAACCGCGAUACAUAUUUUGGUCCACACGGCGCGGCAAAACUCGUUACUCGUGUAAUGUACUCGUAUAAUAAUAAUAAUAUUAUCGCAAUUCCUAUUUCCAUUCCUCAGUCGAUUGACCGUUUUUUCGACUGCUCAUGAUUUUUUCUACAUUUCCUUUGUCCUUUCUUUUCUUUUUUCCUUUAUCCUUUCUUUUCUUAUUUUAAUUGCUAGGCGACACUAGCUAGAAACUAGGAUUUAAUUUAAGCGAACCUCGAAAUGGCGGCAAAUCUCUUCCACGAAGUCAUUAUCGAUUUAUCUGUGAUUAUUAUAGAUAAUUCCUGGCAUUGAUUAUUUUGGCAAUGACGAUCCAUUGUCGAAAAACUUUCGGGUCAGUGCUGAUGAUAGAAUGAAACUUAAUAGAAAAUUGAUGUAUUGAAAAUGUCGCUCGAUCAAUUAUUCUUUGUAUAUAAAUUUUUAUCUUAUAUUUAUUAAAUUAUUUUAAUUAGAGAAAAGAUAUUUGAUAAUUAACAUUUGAUUAUGUUGGAAGAAAUAAAAAAUUAUUUCACUAUCUUUAGAAACAUCAACAUCUCAAAACCAUAGGAAAUUGUAAGAAAUAAUAUAAUUUUUAAUGAGUAUUUAUCAGUUUUACCACAUUUUCAGCAUACCUGAAAUUUUUCGAUAUCUCUUAUGUUAUCUUUUAUAUAAUUCGCCUUGUCUAACUUCGUUCGCAAUAUUACGAUCAUUUUAAAGAAAUUUUUCUCCAGAAUGUAAAUAUAUCGUUUGUAUUUUUUUGUAUAUGUUGGAAAGUUGGCCAGACGCGUAUAGUAUUAAUUAAUUAUUAACUUUUGAUGUAAUAGCGCAAGAGUUAAACGAGAGUGAGGAGUUACAGACUUCCUGUUUAAGAGUGUUUAUAUGUUAAGUAUAUUUUAUGCAAAUGCCCGGCAACGAUUAUACUUUCGCAGCAUCCCGACAUCGAUUUUUCUUUCCCUUCUUCUGACUUUGUAUGAGAGUUCAACCGCCAGAACAAUGAAAGUAAUUAAGGAAACUUGGUUAUUUGUUGCCAUGUGGAUUUUAGGUAAAUCUUUGAGCGAGAUAUCUGCUAAGCAUAAUUGUAUAAUGACAUUAGAGUAUAUAUUACACGUAUACAUAUUGUCGAUAAAGGCGACGGCAGACACGAUCGUGUUAUCUCUUCAUUAUCCAUUGUUCAUAUAUUUUAUUGUCAUUAUUACAUCAUUGUAAUCGCCGCACUGGCAAAAUGUUUCUUGAUUACAUGUAUUACAUUAAAUUCGAAGAAGGAUAUUCUAUUUGAAUCGAAGGACUUCAGACUCGGGACAUUUUCCGAAUUGAAUGUGUGUCGUUAAUAGGAUAAGACAAGAUACGUAGGGGGCGUAGGAUAAUAAUCUGAUUUUCAGCUUUUUUAAAUAAUUUCAAUGCCGUUCAGCGAAUUACUUUCCGAGCGGUAAUAUAAGAUUCUCUAAAUAGAUCCAUAGAGUUAUAAAAGAAAUUUUUAAGAAAAUUGUGUAGGAUUUUCGUACGUAGUGUAACGCGAUGUAAGGCAGGACAGAUGGCUUAAAAUAGCGAUAAUCUCUUAGUUACAUUCCGUUAAAAUUUAAAUAUCUAUGAUGUACACAUUAAAAAGUAUUGAAAUGACAUAGUUGUAGUAGAAAUACAGACAACUCGGAGAAUGUUCUUUGUCCCGCAGCGCGAUACGUCGUAACAAAGAUACAUUCGUUCAUGAUUAACAUAAUUUAUGAUCGCUAUAAUCAAUUAAUAUCAAUUAAAUAUACCAUCGAUAUUAUCACUUGCUGCUAUCACCGUCGCCAGUUAAGUCCUCACUUGAGACAGACGACAAGUAAUAACGGAGGACAGUGAAACGUGGGGGAAAAAAAAA